UCUGCAGAAUUUCAUUUAUGGGCCCUAAAAGCACGGAAAUCGUGUCCACUGCUUUUAUACUUCGGAAUUUGGCGAAUUUAGUACGACAUUCUGGAACUUUUGGCAUACUAACUCUAUCCAUGCUAUGACCAAUACGCAUACCAUAUACUCAAUUUACGUCGAGUGGAAAAACAUAGUAAGAUAAGUACCAAAACACUUUGAUAUAAGGGAGGCACAUGGCAAGCAGAUGAGGAAAUUUGGCUAGGGUGGAAGAAAUUAGAAAUGUCUUAAAAAAUGGAAGGUAAAUCAGGAGGAGGCCAGAUCUGGUGGGACCAUUCUAGUAGAUUAGAGGGCAGAUAGACAUGUGAACGAUAGCCACAUCUCUGCUAUAAAGUGUAUAUUUCACAAAGUUACCGGGAUGUCGUUACCAGUACACUCGUAACAACCUAAGUAUUACGAAAUUUAUAUUCGAUCAAAUAAGCCACACCUAGCAAAUAAGUCAUUACAUUUUUUUGUUAACCAAAUUCGACACUGUCAUUGACCUCCAUACAAUAACUUCUCACUUGAUGAGAGAAAAAACGCCACCUGUUGGAGAAGAUCGAUUUUGGGCCCAGCUCCCCCCUUCCUCUCUGACCAAGGCAAAGAAAAACGGUAAAGGCAUCGCGCCUCCCCAAUCCUUACAUAGCGGAGGUGAAAGUUCAGCAGUGCGCCUUGUAAAAUGGCGGCUGAAUUGACCAGAGAGUGGAGCGAUGAACAGCUAAAAAGUGAUGAUCUACCCAAAAAAGACAUUAUUAAGUUCAUUCAGGACAAUGCUGCCCAUUCGUUUCUUGCAGAACACAAGCUGAUGGGAAAUAUCAAGAAUGUUGCAAAAACGGCAAAGAAGGAGCAACUAAUUAUUGCAUACAACGAUUUGUUUGAGAGCAAGAGAUUUUUAGGUUCAGAACCCAUUGAAGAUGUGACGGAGCAUGUGAAAAAUGUGAAGAUCGACGACAAGCCCAAAGAAGUUGUGGAAGUCGUUGAUGAGGGUCCUCCUAAGUUCUUCAAGUCUGUGCUGAAGAAAGGUGACAAGACUAACUUCCCUAAGAAGGGAGACAAUGUGAGCUGUUGGUACACUGGCUCCCUGGAGGAUGGCACAGUGUUCGACACCAACAUCCCUGCAACUGCCAGAAAGAAGAAACAGAGCAAGCCACUGAGCUUCAAAGUUGGCCUGGGCCGGGUCAUCAAAGGGUGGGAUGAAGGUAUCUUAACGAUGAGCAAAGGCGAGACAGCCAAACUGGAGAUUGAACCAGAAUGGGCCUACGGGAAGAAAGGACUUCCUGAUUCAAAAAUCCCACCAAACGCAAAGCUGAUCUUCGAGGUCGAGCUGGUGGCCGUCGAUUAAUGGCAGAAACCUACCCAGCAUGCCCUUCUCUCCGUGGACGGGGAAAACUUGGUAGUCACUAGAUGGCUAUGCUCGAAAGGACAGAAGUGGUUGUAACAUUGAAGGAGUCUGAUAUGUCUUAAUUUACAUUUAAUGGGAUGCUUUGGGAUUUUGGCAGUAAGGCCAUUUAUCUACUUCCCCAGAGUCAGAUUAACUUUUGGAUACCUUUUUUUUUUUUUGUCAGUGUCCAGUAUGAAGGAAGUUAAAUAUAGCAGUGGCUCGAGAAACUAACUAGUUUUGGCACAUUGACUGGAAUUCUAUGGGCGUCUACUAGAAUGUGUUUAACACUAGUUAGCAUUGGCUCAUGAAACUACAUCUUUUUUUUUCACCUUUAUUUAACUAGGUAGGCUAGUUGAGAACAAGUUCUCAUUUGCAACUGCGACCUGGCCAAGAUAAAGCAAAGCAGUUAGACACAACAACAGCGUUAGACAUGGCAUAAACAAACAUACAAUCAAUAAUACAGUAGAAAAAUCUAUAUACAGCAUGUGCAAAUGAGGUAGGAGAAGAGAGGUAAGGCAAUAAAUAGGCCAUGGUGGCAAAGUAAUUACAAUAUAGCAAUUAAACACUGGAAUUGUAGGAUGACUGGACACUGAGUCAUAAAAGUGGUAUCCACCAGUUCAUCUGAUUCAUUGCCAGAAUCCCAAAGUAACCUUUAAGGUUAGUCUGGUUGUUUUGUCUUUUUCUGCUUAAGUUAAGUCCUUUUAUCAUUGUUUUGGCAUAUUGUCUGAAGCAGGAACAGACCAGGGUUAUUUGUGGUGAGUUGAGAAGGUGCCAUGCUUCUGUCCUUUCCAGCAUGGCAAGAUGGUGAUGACCGGACAACACUGUACAGAUGGGGCAUCCUGCCUGACAGUUACACACCGCAGAGGAAAGCCUUCCUGUUUAUUCUUGUUCUUUUGCAUGCAUGUCCUUUUUUAAAGAUUAAUAAACCAAUUUUGGAGACUAAAUUGACACGUA